AUGUUAAAAAAAGCAAAAGAACAAGGAAAUACAAAUCGUCAAUUAUUAACAUAUUAUGAUAAUAUAUCAUCACUUAGUUCAGAUGAAAUCAAUGUUUUCCAAUCAAAUAAUACACGUGAUGCUGGUCUUGAUAAUUCAUCUUCAUCAUCUACUUCAUCUACAGCACCACAUUUUAAUACAAAUGAAAAUGUCACGGAAACACAAAAUGAUGCACAUAGUUUGUCAUCAUCUAUAUCACCGCCUUUAGCACCAGCUCCACCUCCAUUAAUUAUGAAUGAAUCUGAUUUACAAAUACAGAAUGCUGUAGCUGAAAAACUUGUUAAUGAAAAAGUUCAAAUUGAACAAGAAAAAGAACAUAUUGAACAAAAGUUGAAAGAUUUAGAAGAAAGAGAAGAACAAAUAAAUAAAUAUUUUGUUGAUUUGUCCUGCAAAAUUUGCUUUAUGAGUUUAGAAAUUAAUAACAAAUUUUGUGAUGAUAUUUUAAUUAAGUUGUAUCAUGAUGCAGCACCUGUCACGGCUGAAUAUUUUCGAUCUAUUUGUAUUGGUGCGCGUGGAUUCAAUUAUGAGAAUUCGACGUUUCAUUAUUUAAUGCCAAAUACAUUUAUCAAAGGUGGUAAAGUGUCAAUCUGUACACCAAAUGGUAAUAGGUUUUUGGACAAGGUAAAAAAAGAAAGAAAUGGUUUUAUUCAUGACAAAAUUGGCCUUCUAAGUAUGGGUGUCGACGAUGGAACGACACAAUUUUUUAUCACAUUAGGACCAGCACCUGUUCUCAAUGAUAAAAAUGUUAUUUUUGGUGAAAUAGUUCAAGGUAUUGAUAUGUUAGAAUCAAUUAAUAAGAAUGGUAUUCGUGUUGCUACAUGUGGUGAUGGUGCUGCUUCUGAUGAUGAAGUUGGUGGUGCUGGUGCUACUUCUGAUGAUCAAGUUGGUGGUGCACCGCUUGAUAAAGUGGUGAUUUAUGCAUGUGGCGAAAAAAAAUAA